GUGAAUCUUGUAAGUAUUCACUUAUCUCUCUGCAGCUUCAACAUUGAGCUAACAAAAAAAAGAUCUCCAUUGUUGAUAAAUGUUUGUAGCUUGAAGCUAACAAUGAGUGUUGUGCAUAUGGGGGUCAAGAAAAUGGGGGGAUUUGUGGUUUUGUUGAUGAUGGUGAUGUGGUGCUGGUGUUCAAUGGUGGAAGCAGAGUAUAUGUUGUACAAAGAUCCGAAACAACCGACGAGUGUCCGAGUAAAUGACUUGAUGAAGAGAAUGACACUAGAGGAAAAAAUUGGUCAAAUGACUCAAAUUGAAAGGUCUGUUGCAUCAAAUGAGGUCAUGAAGAAGGAUUUAAUAGGGAGUGUGUUAAGUGGAGGAGGGAGUGUUCCAUCCAAACAAGCAACCCCCGAGGCAUGGGUCAACAUGGUCAACGACUUCCAAAAGGGUUCGUUAUCAACACGUUUAGGGAUACCUUUAAUCUACGGGAUUGACGCUGUUCAUGGUCAUAAUAAUGUUUAUAAAGCCACAAUCUUUCCUCAUAAUGUUGGUCUUGGAGUCACCAGGGAUCCCGUAUUAGUUAAGAAGAUUGGGGCUGCAACCGCACUUGAAGUUAGAGCAACUGGUAUACAAUACGCUUUUGCACCUUGUAUUGCAGUUUGUAGAGAUCCUAGAUGGGGCCGAUGUUACGAAAGCUACAGUGAAGAUACCGAAAUCGUUAGAUUAAUGACUGAAAUAAUACCCGGUUUGCAAGGAGAUGGUUCGGAGAAGGGUGUCCCUUUUGUAAAUGGACAACAAAAAGUUGCGGCCUGUGCGAAGCACUAUUUGGGAGAUGGAGGAACUCAUCUAGGCACAAAUGAAGGAAACACAAUAUUAAACAGUAAACAAUUGUUCAGCAUACACAUGCCCGCAUAUAACGAUUCGGUAAUCAAGGGUGUCGCCACUAUAAUGACCUCAUAUUCUAGCUGGAACGGGGUUAAAAUGCACGCUAAUCGUAACCUUGUCACCGGUUACCUUAAAAAUACACUCAAAUUCAAAGGAUUUGUUAUAUCGGAUUGGCAGGGCAUUGAUAGGAUCACGAGUCCACCACAUGCGAAUUACACUUACUCGAUAUUAGCUGGAAUAAACGCUGGCAUUGACAUGUUCAUGGUCCCUAUGAACUACAAAGAGUUUACCGAUGGUUUGACUUAUCUGGUCAAAAAUAAGUUUGUACCCAUGAGCCGAAUAGACGAUGCGGUUCAGAGGAUCCUAACGGUGAAGUUCACAAUGGGUCUGUUUGAAAACCCACUGGCUGAUUACAGCAUGACCAAAUAUUUGGGAUGUCAGGCACACAGAGACUUAGCGAGAGAAGCAGUGCGGAAAACGCUUGUUUUAUUAAAGAACGGUAAAUCUCCAACGCAGCCAUUGUUGCCACUUCCGAAAAAGGCGUCGAAGAUAUUAGUUGCGGGAUCGCAUGCUGAUAAUAUUGGGUAUCAAUGUGGCGGGUGGACCAUUGAGUGGCAAGGAGUUUCGGGCGAUGUUACUGCGGGUACCACAAUCCUCUCGGCGGUGAAAAAAACAGUUGAUCCAAACACUCAAGUAAUCUACAAUGAGAAUCCCAACCAAGAUUUCCUAAAGUCAAACAACUUUGACUUUGCUAUAGUGGUGGUAGGAGAACCACCCUAUGCAGAAACUUUUGGGGACAGUUCAAAUCUCACAAUUCCCGAGCCGGGCCCCAGCACUAUAAAAAACGUAUGCGGGUCAGUGAAAUGCGUCGUGGUGUUAAUCACUGGGCGGCCAGUGGUGGUGCAGCCGUUUGUUGACACCAUAGACGCACUUGUAGCCGCUUGGCUUCCCGGAACAGAAGGCCAAGGUGUGACGGAUGUUUUAUUUGGUGAUUAUGGUUUCACGGGAAAGCUGGCGCGGACUUGGUUUAAGUCGGUUAAUCAGUUACCCAUGAAUGUUGGGGACCCACAUUAUGACCCGUUAUACCCGUUUGGAUUUGGACUUGAAACAACGCCUACCAAGACCACUUAAAUGUAUAAUGUGUCGCUUUUCGGUUGUAAUUGAACAUGAACAUUGAUUAUUUGGUGUUCUAUGGUAAUAUUUAAGAUUAUACAAAACCUUUUUUUUUGUGAGCA